UUUUUCCAUUAUAGCCAGGACAAUAGCAGUCCUCGGUGUCAGUUAGAUGCUUGUCAAAAUGUCCGAAGAAAGCCGGAGAUCCGAAGAUUACGAGCCUGGUCCCGGAGCGGCUUACACCUUAUUUGUAGUCAUGGAGGAACUACUGGAUAAAUUAAAGCUGCUCAACUACGAGGAGGAGGUGCUCCGGAGAAACAACGUGAAGAGCCUGUCGAGGCACUACUUUGCACUUCCCACUAAUCCUGGAGAACAAUUCUUUAUGUUCACCACUAUUGCUGCUUGGCUCAUCAACAAGGCUGGCUGCUAUUUUGAACAGCCGCAAGAGUACGAUGACCCCAAUGCUACUGUCUCGAAGAUACUGAAGGAGUUCCGGAACUUUGGUGGAAGCGUUGAUUUCCCACCUUUAAAACUGAAAACGGGAAGUGGAGAAAAUGUAUGCAAUGUGUUGGACCGUUUAGCAGAAGAAGCCUUAAAAGCGACUUGCAUCAGCUGGAAAAGACCUAAUUAUCCGACUGAAGCCCCCGAAGAAGGAUAUUUCAUUGAGGAUAUUGCUGAAUUCUCACUGGACAGGCUGGAAGAGGAGAUCACUGAAGAGCCAGACGAUUAUGAAGAUGAGCAUCUCCUGGAUUUAGAAGCUUUGAAGGAGCCAUCAUAUAAAAGUGAUUUAAGAGAAUCUUCGAAGCCAGACAAUAUACUUGAAUCCUGUGUGGAUGCCUCAGAGUGGAAAUUGGAGACUGAAAGAGUUCUUCCUCAGCUGAAAGUCACAAUCAGAUCCGAUAAGGACUGGAGAGUCCAUGUGGAACAAAUGCACCAACAUAAAGAUGGGAUCGAGUCGUCUCUAAAAGAUACAAAGGGUUACCUUAAUAGGCUUCAAGAUGAAAUCAGUGCAACACUGGAAAAAGUGGGAAGUCGGGAGAAAAAUAUUAAUACCCAGAUGAAGCAUCUCAUCCAGGAGUACCGCGUGGCCCAGUCACAGCUUAGUGAAGCAAAAGAACGUUUUCAUCAAGGAAGCAGUCGAGUUACAGAAAGAACCAGGAUUUUAGCGGAGAUUGCAGAAGAACUAGACAGUGUGAAACAGGAAAUGGAAGAAAAGGGGAGUAGCAUAUCUGAUGGAGCACCAUUAGUAAAGAUCAAGCAAAGUCUAACAAAACUAAAACAAGAGAUCAUACAGAUGGAUAUUCGCAUUGGACUAGUAGAGCACACUCUUCUUCAAGCCAAGCUGAAGGAAAAGUCGAACAUGACAAGAGACAUUUACUCAGGCUUUCCAACCCAGAAUCGAUUUUAA